AUUGUCGUGUAGCCACAAGGCCCAAACUAAACGCAGAAAGAGCUUCAAGAAUGAAGUUUGAGGUGUAAGGGCAAAUACGACGGGAAGAGAACAGAGAAAUCAACAAAUCAAAUAAGCAGGGAAAGGUUCGCUGAAGAGAAAUUAGACGAAGAAAACAAAAUUAUUCCAUAUUCAAUAAUGUUUUAUAGAGGGUAAAAGUUGGCAAUUUCUCUAUCUCGCUUUGAUCCAAUCUAUUAUUUUUAGAUAUCCCGAUGGUGGUGAUGGGCGUGAAAUGGGUGCAAAACGUCAGCGUUUGGUUGAUCAGGGCCCUUCAUUCUAUGGGACUUCUCCUGGUUCGAGUUUUAUGUAUAAUCCACCGCCUUAUGGAUAUGUUGCCCAACCUCCACCUUUCCCUGUUGUUCGACUUCGUGGUCUUCCCUUUGAUUGCACAGAAACUGAUGUUGCGGAGUUCUUCCGUGGCCUUGACAUAGUUGAUGUUCUUUUUGUCCACAAGGGUGGAAAGUUCACUGGGGAAGCUUUUUGUGUUUUGGGAUAUCCACUUCAAGUUGAUUUUGCUCUUCAAAAAAAUAGACAGAACAUGGGCAGACGAUAUGUUGAGGUUUUCAGAAGUAAGAGGCAGGAUUAUUACAAGGCAAUCGCAAAUGAGGUUUCUGAAGCUCGUGGUGUUUCACCAAGGCGAAAUGCUCCAAGGGCUAAAUCUUAUGAUGAGGGAAAGGACUCAGCCGAACAUACAGGCGUGUUACGCUUGAGAGGACUGCCAUUUUCUGCUGGCAAGGAUGAUAUAAUGGAGUUCUUUAAAGAUUUUGUUUUGUCAGAGGAGUCAAUUCAUAUUACAAUGAAUUCAGAGGGGAGACCGACUGGGGAAGCAUUUGUGGAAUUUGCAAGUGCAGAAGAUUCAAAAGCAGCAAUGUCCAAAGAUAGGAUGACUCUCGGAAGCCGUUAUAUAGAGUUGUUUCCCUCAUCGAUUGAGGAGUUGGAAGAAGCAGUUACGCGAGGUCGGUGAUGUUUGCUUUCUGCUAUAUGUAUUACUGGUGAUGUCGAACCUUUCCUGACUGUUUAAAAUUUUGCUUCGUUACUUUUUCUCAGUUAGAUUGGUUUGCUGUUAUUUUAUCUGUAUGUUUUUCCCCUCUAGAAUUCCAAAUAAGAUGCUAUCCUAUUUAGUCAGUUUGUAUUUCUAUUUAUCUGGAUUUGUCUGGUAGUAAACCGUAGCUUUAACAAAACUGGCACCAUCAGCUUCUUUGUGA